CGGAAGUGAUCUGUGCGCAUGCGCUCAUCAACGCACACGCACGAGAGAGAGGAGAACCAAAACAGCGCCUAUUACGGGGAUUAAAUACUGCGAGAGCGGAAUGAGCUCAGCUUGGAGAUCAACAUUGUGAGCACAGAUACUCGUGUGUGUUUGAGAGAGAUGAGCGGCACACAGGAGUCCAGUGGAGGGUCCGAGCACGAGGCAAAGCGACCGUGCACGCGGACAGAGUCACGUCAGCGCUGUGAACCAGCAGAGGGCGACAGUGUUGCAGUGUCAGUGAUCAUGCCCGUGUAUAACGCUUCUGAUUGGCUGGACGAGUGUCUGCAGGCAAUACUGGAGCAGGAUUUUGCAGGCCGUAUGGAGCUGUCUGUGUAUGACGACGGCAGUACGGAUAACUCCAGAGAAGUGAUCGAGGGAUGGAGGCAGAGGUUCGAGGACAGAGGCAUUUCACUGCUGAUCUCAGGACACACCGCAUCCAGCCCACGCGGAGUUGGAUUUGCUAAAAACCAGGCGGUGUGUCGGAGCUCUGGACGAUUCCUCUGCUUUCAGGACGCGGAUGAUGUCAUGAGGCCUCAGAGAGUUCGGCUACAGUAUGAAGCGGCUGAAGUCAAUCCCACUGCGAUCAUUGGUUGUAAAGUGAGUCGAGUUCCUGAAGGCUCCACUGAGCGAUACACCAGGUGGAUCAACUCUCUGAGUCCAGAGCAGCUCCACACACAGGCGUUCACGUCUCACGGGCCGACGGUCGUCAUGCCGACCUGGUUCUGCUCCCGCCGCUGGUUCCAGACCGUCGGUGCCUUCAACGAGGGAGGAAAGGGCGUUCCCGAGGAUCUGCUCUUCUUCUACCAGAGUCUUCGCUGCGGGGGGGUGUUGCUGCGAGUGGAGGAGUGUUUGCUGGUGUAUCGAUAUCAUCCGCACUCAGCCACACACUCUGUGCUGGAACACAGUAUCUGGGACGAGCGCGUGCGGUUCCUGCAGGAGUGUGUGUUGAGCCGCUGGGACUCCUUCACUGUGUGGAGCGCUGGGAAACAGGGCCGGAGACUCUUCCGCUGCCUGAGCCGCGCCAACCAGGAGAAGGUGAAAGCGUUCUGUGACGUGGACGAAAACAAAAUUCAGAAGGGCUUUUACACGUACGAGGAGUCGAAGGAACGGCCGAAGCCCAAGAUUCCCAUCCUGCACUUCAGAAAGGCAUCGCCUCCGUUUAUCGUGUGUGUGAAGCUGGAUAUGACGCACGGAGUCCUGGAGGAAAACCUGCGUUCGCUGCAGCUGAUCGAGGGAAUCCAUUACUACCACUUCAGCUGAAGACUGAGAUCCAGAUGAAGGAGAGUCAAGCCUGCGGACGAGUGACGGGACUAAAUAAUGUCUUACGAUCUGAGAAUGCUAAACACUUCACUGUACGGCUUGAAGAAAGAGGCUGAAAACAUCACUAGCUCAGCGUGAAACUGGAGACGUGCGUCAGGACCAAAUUUACGAUAUUUUAAAUUAAAGUUUAAUUGGUUAAAUAGACACGGUAAGAAAAACAGGCAACAUUAAUUACAUGAUUUAAGAUUAUAAUAGCAUGUUGUUAAUGCUAACAUAUUUUUGUCGUGUUUCUAGCAUGUUUUACCACAUUGCUAGUAUGUUAUAGCAUGUUGCUAAUGAUACUUAUGCUAACAUGUUUUAGCACAUUCCUAGCAUAAAGCACAAAGCUUUUAUGCUUCUAUCAUGAUUUAGCACGUUAGCAUGUUCUAACAACAUUGUACAUAGCAAAAUACACAUUUCUAGCAUUUUUUAUCACAUGACAAGUCUUAUUUAAGGUGAUGCUAGUAUGUUUCUAGCACAUUUUAACAUUUCUAUAAUGUUGUAGAAUGUUGCUAAUAUUAUGUGUUUAACACAUUGUUAUCAUGUUUUAACAUAUUGCUAAUGUGAUUUUGCAUCUUUCGGGCAUGUUCCAAACCCUACUAGCGUAAUUGAACAAUGCUAGUAUGUUAUAGCAUGUUGCUGAUAAUAUGUAUGCUAACAUGUUUUAGCACAUUGUUAGCAUGUUUAACAUGUUGCUAAUGUAAUUUUGAAUGUUUUUAUCAUGUUCAAACACAUAAUUGAACACAAUGCUAGUAUGUUACUAGCAUGUUUAACACAUUGCUAGUGUGUUGUCGCAUGUUGUCAAUACAUACGCUAACAAGUUUUAGCAUACUGCUACUCUGUUUCUAGCAUGUUUUAACACAUUGCUAGUGUGCUGUAGCAUGAUGCUGAUAAAAAAAUAUAUAUGCUAACAUGUUUUAGCACAUUGUUAGCAUGUUCAAACACAUUUCUAGCAUAUUUUAAAACACAAACUGGUUAGUUUCUAGAGUGUUUAAGCCAUUUUGUAUCAUGAUUUGACAUGCUUCUAGCAUGUUUUAUUACAUGACUAGCAUAAUUUAGCAAUGCUAGUAUGUUUUUAGCAUGUUUUAACACAUUGCUAGUAUUUUGCAGCAUGUUUGCUGAUAAUACAUAUGCUUACAUGUUUUAACUAAACACAUUGCUAGCAUGUUUAAUCACAUAGUUGGCAUAAUAUCACACAAUGCUAGUAUGUUUCUAGUUUUAAUGUUGCUAGCAUUGUGCUUCUGGCAUUUUCUAGCACAUUGCCAACAUGAUUUGGGGUUAAAGGCUGGAAAACAUCAAUAUUUUCACACUGAGCUAAUGGAGAUGAUGAUCAAUCUUGGGGAAAAUAUCUGGGAACUGGUUCCUGUGUUCCUUCCCAGAGUUCCCUGCUUGAGAAACCUCUCACAUCCCUCUCGCACCUCGACUCAAACACACACAGGUGUGUGUGUGUGUGUGUGUGUGUGUGUGCAUUCCUGAUGCCCCGCGUCACUGGACUUCUCCAGCGUUCCAGAGUGAAUUGGAUAAAGCCUUUUCCCGUGGACCUGCUCUCAAUCAGGUCCUCUUGCCCGUGGCUGAAACUCUUUUGUGUGUUAAACAUUAUUAAAGGUGGAAGGAAAGAGUUGCAUAAUGCAGUUAACGACAAACAGGCAAUGUGAAUAUAAUAUAAUCGUGUUUAUAAAUAAUGGUUGAGUUGUUUCUUUUUAUUUCAUUUUGAUAUAUAUUUAUUUCAAUUAACUAAGACUAUUUUUAAUACUGUUUCAGUAUUUCACAGUUUUAUUUAAAAUCCUCUUGAUAUUAAAGAUGUAUUUUUUGAUAAAAAAAAAAUGUUCUGAUGA